CUUGGUAUAGGUGGAUGUACGGCUUUGAGAGAUUUUUGCGCGAGCUGAAAAAGAAGGUGACAAAUAAAGCACACGUUGGAGCAUCCAUAUGCCAAGCAUACCUCACAGAAGAAGUUUCCACAUUCUCUUCCUUCUAUUUUGAAAGAGAUAUCAUGACUAAGCGAAAAAGGCCUGUCAGAAAUGAUAAUGUUGAUCCAGCAUUGUAUGAGCAAAUGGUUUCUAUCUUCAACUAUCCGGGCAAAGGAUAUGGUAGAAGGAGACACCGUCGGGUUGUUGGAGACGAGUUUCGAAUAGCACAAACUUACAUUCUG